ACAGCUGUUGACAACUCAUGCCUUCGUUAACAUAAAGAAACUUUUAAAUGCGGCUUCUUGGAACUUUUAAUAAAUUCAGUAAAUUAUUGAAUCGAACCUUUGUCCAGGAUUCCCCCAAACGCAGCAUGGCCUGCAGCAGAUUCGAGUACGUGAAAUCCUUCGAGCAGGACGACAGCAUAUUGCCCAAUGUGUGGAUAGUCAUACGGAUCGAUGGCAAAAAAUUCCACAAGUUCUCCAAGACGCACGAUUUCGAGAAGCCCAACGAUGAGAAUGCUCUCAAUGUGAUGAAUGCGGCCGCCACUUCUGUGAUGCAGGAGUUCCGGGAUAUUGUCCUGGCUUACGGCCAGAGUGAUGAGUACUCCUUUGUGUUCCGCAAGGAGACGUCCACCUUUAAGCGACGAUCCGCCAAACUGCUCACCUACGUCACCAGCCUGUUCUCCACCAGCUAUGUGAUGCAGUGGUCCAAGUGGAUGAACAUUCCCCUGGCCUACGCUCCCUGUUUUGACGGCCGAGUGGUCCUGUAUCCCUCGGAGCAGAACCUCAAGGACUAUCUCAGCUGGCGACAAGCCGAUGUGCAUGUCAACAACCUCUACAACACCGCCUUUUGGAAACUGGUUUUGGAGAAGGGUCUGACGAAUCAGGAGGCGGAGGCAAAGCUGCGAGGUACCUUCUCGGCGGACAAGAACGAGCUGCUCUUCCAGGAGUUCGGCAUUAACUACAACUCUCUGCCGGCCAUGUACAGAAAGGGGACGAUCCUGCUCAGGAAGCGAGUUACUGUGGGUGACAAGAGCAGACAGGCGGUGGUGCCGCUGCACGAGGAUCUGAUUUCCUCGCAGUUUUGGAAGCAGCACACCGAGAUCUUGGGCAAAUAUGUGCCUGGCACUUAUACAGCCGCACAGGAACUGCCCAGGUUGGUGGAGUUGCAGCUGAAUGCCAAGCAAGUGGACGAGGAGUCGGAGGAGCCACAGAAUCUGGCCGGGAUUAGCUGAUAGUUGAACUUAUGGCAAUAUA